AAGAGAGGCUCUGGGCAGCUGCUGGAUGGCUGCGGUGGGGGCGAGAGAGAUCGGGCGGUCGGGUCGCCCUCCGUUCGCUUGCCUGAUAGAUGCUGCGCUCAUUCCACUUGCUGGGCUGGUUCUGUCUGUGGGUCCUGUACCUGCCUGGGCAGUUCUCUCCUGCCACAGGGAAGGGGGUCGACAUCGCCCAUUAUAGGGAGCGAGUCAAGUCCAUGUUUUAUCAUGCUUAUAACAACUACUUGGAAAAUGCCUUCCCUUAUGAUGAGCUGCGUCCUUUGACAUGUGAUGGGCAGGAUACUUGGGGAAGUUUUUCUCUCACGCUGAUUGAUGCUCUAGAUACUCUACUAAUUUUGGGUAAUGUCUCAGAAUUCCAGAGAGUUGUCAGCGUGCUGCAGGAAGGUGUGAAUUUCGAUAUUGACGUAAACGCUUCUGUCUUUGAAACCAAUAUCAGAGCCUUUCAGACCCCAACUGGAAUGCCAUAUGGGACAGUUAAUUUAUUACAUGGAGUCAACCCUGGAGAGACUCCAGUGACUUGCACUGCCGGUAUUGGUACAUUUAUAGUGGAAUUUGCUACUUUGAGUCAUCUUACGGGUGAUCCAGUAUUUGAAGAUGUUGCCAGAAAAGCUCUUAAGACCCUUUGGAAAAAUCGGUCUGAGAUUGGCUUGGUGGGUAACCACAUUGAUGUGGUAACUGCCAAGUGGGUGGCCCAGGAUGCUGGCAUUGGAGCCGGAGUAGAUUCCUACUUCGAGUAUCUUGUUAAAGGAGCCAUCCUCUUGCAGGAUGAGGAGCUGAUGUCCAUGUUCCUCGAUUAUAACAAAGCCAUACAGAACUACACAAAAUUUGACGAUUGGUACCUCUGGGUUCAGAUGUACAAAGGGACCGUCUCGAUGCCAGUCUUCCAGUCCCUCGAGGCGUACUGGCCUGGUUUACAGAGCCUUAUUGGAGAUACAGAUAAUGCAAUGCGAACAUUGCUCAAUUAUUACACUGUUUGGAGGCAGUUCGGUGGCCUACCUGAGUUCUAUAACAUUCCCCAGGGCUAUACAGUGGAAAAACGUGAAGGAUACCCACUUAGACCUGAACUAAUUGAGAGUGCAAUGUAUUUAUAUCGUGCUACACAAGAUCCUACCCUGUUGGAGCUGGGCAGAGAUGUUGUAGAAGCAAUAGAGAAGAUCAGCAAGGUUGAUUGUGGCUUUGCAACAAUUAAAGACCUGAGAGAUCACAGAUUGGAUAACCGCAUGGAGUCCUUCUUCUUGGCUGAAACGGUGAAAUAUUUGUAUCUGUUGUUUGACUCAGAUAACUUUAUUCAUAACAACGGGUCCUCCUUUGAUGUCGUGCUGACACCAUAUGGUGAAUGUGUUCUUGGUGCCGGUGGAUACAUCUUCAAUACAGAAGCUCAUCCGAUAGACCCGGCUGCCUUGCACUGUUGCAAGAAACAAAAGGAAGAGCAAUGGGAAGUUGAAGAUUUAAUCCGGGAAUUCUAUUCUCUGAAAAGAAGUAAGAAAUUCACCUUGAUGAGAACUUCAGAUAAAAGAGAAGGUGAAGGGCAGAAAGACUCUGCAGACCCUCCCUCUGAAUGCUGUAAGGAGCAAAUAAACUCUAAACAGAAAGAAAGAAGAAUCCCCCUCUUGAGCUGCCCCAGUCAACCUUUUAACUCAAAAUUAGCAGUUUUAGGGCAGGUCUUCUUGGACAACACAUGAUUUCCUUUUCCUAAUUACUUGACUCAGAG